AAUUUGUUAAAACAGUUGCAUUCUAUUUGUUCCCCAGAGCGGAUUGCAGUAGCAAAAAUGUUUAAGUUAUUAAUAAUUACUGUGCUAGGCAUUUUGAUGUACCAGAUGGUUAGUUGUGAUCCAGAAAGGUAUUUGUGCCGUCGACAAGUGGUAGUAAGCUAUACAGAAAACGUAGUUAAGCCCAUGAACGACUAUGGAAACUUUGCCAAAUAUUUUACAAAUUUGGGAAUAUCAGCAGGGAAUAAGACAGUGACAAAAACAAAAAUGCAAGAGGAAGAAAUUUGUUGCCCAGGCUACGAAAAGUUUCCGGACGGAUUGUGCGGGCCCGUUGAAACCACAACUGACACCGCAACAACGAUCUCAACGUCUACUUCAGAAGAACCCGAUUCAACCACAUCAACUGAGUCAAAUGAAGGGGAUUCAUCUAGUCCUUCUAGCUUAAUUAAUCCAGCUAAACAUUCCAAGGCAGAAAGGAUAAAAAAUAGCCAUAAACAUCUAACGUUAGGAAUAAUUUUUGGAGUUCUUGCACUGAUCAUUGCCAUUGCUACUGUUAUCACUUGGCAAAUUCGGAAACGUAGAAAUGUGUCAAUUGCUGAAGACCUACAAGUAAAAUUUGAUGCUGAAAUGCAAAGAGCUCUUUUGUAGAACUUUAAUAAUUGUACAUCUCUCAACACACAAAGGAAAUAAGUAUUUGCAAAAUUAAAAGAUACGUAUACGUAGGAAAGAAAUUUCAUGUGAAGCACCGUUCUUAUCAGUUUGAGCAAAGUGGAAAAACGAUAAAAUUGAAUUUCACAAUAGUUCGACACGCUUAAUAAUAAAAAACAAAGUUCAUUUUUUCAGAAGAUUAAAA